GUUUUGUAAAUUGCUUGUGACAAGCAAACAUUGCGCGAUCACGGGGAGUUAAUAUCAAGAUCCUCCUCGUAUGAAGAGGUGCCAGCAGCGUUCGGACGAAGCAAUGUUUCUCUUCGUUCUGUUCGCUUUUUUGUUUAAACCUACUAUAUACCAGACCCUUUCACUAUUGGUGAUAGCGGACUUGGCGAGUUCUGAAAUCUUCGUAGACAAAGGAGGUUUCCUGAAAUGGGAGCUGUCUCAGAAUCCAGUACUAAAAGGCGCAGAGGACAAAUUGGAGAUAAAGUUCAAAGCGUGUAACGAGAGAGGACUGCUCAUCUACCAAGCUGGACAAGGGCAGAACUUUUUCUCAAUGGGUGUUUUCAACGGCCAGAUAUACAUUGAGGCUUCCCUCAGUGGACAACUACUGGAGAUGUUCAUAGGAGACAAGAACAGCCCGCCAGUCCAGCACAACCAGACUCAUGUUGUCGUCAUCACCAACAUGAGGGAGCACCAUCUCGGACAGAUGACGGUGGUCGUGGACGGCAGCAACGCCCCCUUGUCGGUUCUAACCGACGUGCAGCCAACUCUGUCCUUUACAGACCCAAACCUACUUGGGAACACCUUCAUAGGAGGGUACAAAGAAGUCAAUGACUUGAGGUUACAAUCAGACCGUCUGUAUAACUACCCAAUCGUGUGCAUCUCCUACCUGUAUGUUGGAAGUCCUUCAAGAGAAGUUGACCUGACCUCCACCACGGAGAGUACCGGUCAGGACGUCCCGACAUGCCCUGUCUGCGCCCCGCCCUCCAUUGCGACCUUGAGAAGUUCAAGGUCAUACAUGAAGGUUGAAGCUGACCUGCAGCCUAGGUCAGGAACAGCCAUCAGCUUAAAGUUCAAGACAAAGGCCAAGAACGGUCUUCUCUUGUACUUUGGAGGCCCCGCCUGGUUAGUGGUUUAUCUCAAGGAUGGAAAAGCUGUAUUGAGACUUAACACUAAGGGAAGCGGCGCGGAUCAAAGCUACGUGUCUACCAAUUCAUUUAACGACGGACAGGAGCAGGAGCUGUUCAUCGAACGUGACGCCAACACCGCCACCAUGAAGGACCGCGCAGGCAACAUCAUCGGCCUGGUCACUUUCCAAGGACAGGGAGCGGAUGCGGCUCAUUCACUCAGCGUGAACUCCUUAUAUGUCGGCGGCUUUAAGAACCCCGCCGACGACCUGACAACCGACGCCAAACAGUACAUAGAAGUAACAGAGUCUCUGAGAGGCUGCCUAGAAGAAUUCCGUUUUGUCUCCUACAGCAGUGUUGAAGAAACCGCCCAUCAGAUCGACUUUAAGACUGCGACCAUUGAGAGCAGGGACACCACCUUUGACCAGUGCCACGAGCUCGACACCUGCCUGUCUAAGGAGUGUACCGGUGUGGGACAGGUGUGUAACCUGGGCGUGUGUGAGUGCAAACCGGGGUGGAACGAACAGACACCCGGGGCCGACCCGCUCGUCUGUAUCGACAUCGACGAGUGUCAAUCAAACCCGUGUCAAAACGGAGGGACCUGUAUUAACAUGGAGAAUGCCUACAGAUGCCAGUGUCCUGAGCAAUACAAGGGAAAGAAUUGUGACACUGAGCGAAACUGCUACAGCUUCCCAUGUCAUCUUGGUGGCACCUGCAUUGAGGGAACCUCGGCGACCCCUAGCAUCUCCGGUAGGAACUGCACCUGUCCUCGAGGCUCCUCGGGUGUGAGCUGUGAAGAUGACAUAGACGAGUGCAGCCUUACGCAAAACUGCGUUACCGGGACGUGUAGAAACCUGGUGGGGUCGUACGAGUGUACCUGUAAGGUGGGGUACCACGGUUACCUCUGCCGUAACGUGAUUGACAACUGUGCAAACAACCCGUGCGACCCGGGCCGAUGUUACAACGUCAUCGGAGGAUUCAACUGCACAUGUGCAAACGACUCGGAAGCCAGGAUUUUCAUCAACCAAAAAUGUCCAUCGUCAUCCAGCUCGAUACCAGCCAUAGUAGGAGGAGUUGUUGCUGUGUUGCUCUCUUUGUUGCUUCUCGCAGGUUUGGGAGUAUUCAUUUGGAGGAGGAACAAGGCAAGGCAGGCGGCACCUACACCCCAGGCAAGGCGACAAGAUGAACACCGGAACGAUUUGCAUCAACCAGCAGCGGACGUCAGCGAACCUCCUUACCACAUCCCGCUGAGGAUUAUGGGAAAUAGUGAACGUGAGCUGUCUUGGAAUGACAUCUCCUUGAGUUCCCAGCUCCUUGGGUCAGGCAACUUUGGGGAAGUUCGCAAGGGAACGGUAAAGCUGGGUGGCGAUAUGGUCCAAUCGGCUAUCAAAGUGCUCAAAAGUGGGGCUGAUCAGGAAAGCCAUCAAGAGUUUCAGCAAGAAGUAGACAUCAUGCGGCACGUUGGCUACCAUCCUAACAUCGUAAACCUGCUUGGAACCUGCAAUCACAAAGGUCAACAGUACAUGGCUCUUGAACUAGCUGCGAACGGAGAUCUUUUAAAGUACCUGAGAAAGUCACGUGUGCACAUGACGGAGAGGCCCUACGCUAACAUGCGGCCUGAAGUGAAAACCGCUUCCACCCUGUCACCCGUCAUGCUCCUGCGUAUCGCAUGUGAUGUUGCCAGUGGCAUGGAGCACUUAGCCGGGAAGAACGUGAUCCACCGUGACCUGGCGGCCAGGAAUGUUCUCCUUACAGACAGCCUCCUCGCAAAGGUAGCCGAUUUUGGACUGUCACGUGGGGAGGGCAUCUAUGAGCAGAAGUCAAGAAAAGCCAUCCCAUUCCGAUGUACCGCUAUAGAGGCACUGAGCACGAAGAUGUACACCACAAAAAGUGACGUGUGGUCCUUUGGUAUCCUUAUUUGGGAGAUCGUGACCCUUGGAGGUACACCCUACAGUGGGAUGAAGUCGAGACUCUUGAUAAGAAGGCUACAUGAAGGAUACAGGCUACCCAAACCCAGGAACUGUGAGGAUGCGCUGUACCACGUGAUGAUGAGGUGCUGGGAACGCCUUCCGACGGACCGACCGACUUUCUCGGACCUGGUGCAAGUGCUCACAAACAUGAUGAGAGACAUGACGAAUUACAUUAACGUUGACGAUGAUUAUGAGUACGAGGUGGUGGAGUCUGGUGAUGACGAUGAUGAUGGUGAUUUUAUGAUGUAGUAACACAUACAUGAUCCCUCUAAGUACACGUUACACAUGAUUACGUCUAGCAUUUCACCAUAGGCUUGUUCUCAUUUAAAUGUCGAAAUGCUGUCACCUGACUUUACGCCUUGAUAUGGAGCAAAUUAUAGACAACAUCACUAAUUCCUUCAUUUUCCACAACCCCUGUAAUGUUUUA